GAAUAAGAACGUGCAUUACACUUCUCCAAUUAGCGUUUUACGCAAACCGGCUCAUGUCAACUCCUCCCCUCUUCUCGCUCCUCACCCACCUCCGUCUCUCGACCCCUGCCCCUCUCCCUCUCGAUUCUUCUCUCUCUCUCUCUCUCUCUCUCUGACAUCCAAAACAGAUAAGAAACGCCAAUGAUGUCCUGAAUUUUCGAACCAAGCACGACGGAGUACUAGAAAGAACAAGAACAACAGAGAAGAGGGAGAUAUAGAGAUGGACAACAUGCUAUGCGACGAGCUCCUUGAAGAAAUCUUUCAGAGACUUCCACCAUCACCCUCUUAUUCACUGUCAGUCUCUUUGGUGUCCAAGCGCUGGCUUUAUCUCUACCGCAACUGCACGACCUCCCUCUCUCUCCGUCUUACCCCACACAAUUCCACAAUCCCCUCCUUUUCCUCCCUCCUCUCCCACUACCCUUCUCUUCUGUCCCUCUCUCUCCUCCUCUCCUCUGAACCCGCAGCCACAGCCGCCGCUUUCUCUGACCUCCUCCUCCUCGCAGUCUCUACUUUUUGUUCCAAGCUUCAUAAUUUAAGGUUCUUGGCGGGCCCGGUCUCUCUUUCUUCCUUGAAUUCUCUCUCUUCAACCUGUAUCCACCUUACCUCGCUCUGUAUCAAUCUCUCUAGGCCUAUCCUUUUCACUUGGGUUAUGAAAUUUCCUGCUUUAAAGGAGUUAUCAGUCUUCGUAUGCUCUGGGGAAGGCCUAUUACGAGAAAUUGAGUUUGCUUGGGAAUAUGGGUCGUGGGAAAAUGAGGAUUUUGAUGCGGAAUUGGGCUUGGAGAAUCUUUGUUUGUCUGGAAUUCGAGCAGAUGAUUGGGGCUUGAGUUGGCUAUGGAGAAGCUGCAAAAGGCUGAAGAAAUUGCAGCUACGGAAUUGUGGAGGUGUUGGAGACGGUGGCUCUUUUUCGUCCUUUGUUAGGUGCUUACAGGGUCUUGAAGAGGUGGAGCUCAGGACCUGUAGGAGUAUUGUUGAUGGGGUGCUGUUAAAAUUGGCUAAGAAUUGCAAUUCUCUGAGUUCUCUUUUGGUUUAUGAUGGUGGUAGCAGAGAGGGUCUGCUGAGGUUCAUUAGCCAGUGCAGGUGCAAUUUGCAAAAACUCGAUCUUCGAUUACCACUCGACCUUAAUAACGAGCACCUCUCGGCUGUUGCAUUAAAUUUCCGGGGUCUUUUGAGUAUUAGGCUUCAAAGUUGUUGCCUUGUCACUGGUGAAGGCCUUAAGGCUCUUGGGGUUGCCAUGAGUUCUGGGCUUGAAGAAUUGGCAUUGAUAAAUUGUGAUGUUGUGGAACGAGAACCGGGGUUGCUUGCCACAUUGGGGCAGAAUCUGAGGCAAUUGAGGAAGUUGGAUUUGUCUUUUAAUGAAAUGUUAUUUGAUAAGGAGUUUAUUUCAAUGCUAGCUUCGUGUAAUGAUAUUCUUGAUUUGAGGUUGAGAGGGUGCAAAGGGCUUACAAAUGCAGCCAUGGUCUCUAUGUUUAAGAGUUGCAAGAGCUUAAAGAAUGUUGAUAUUAUGCACUGUUGUGGAAUUGAGGCUGAGGCAGUGGAGCUAUUUGUUCUGAAUUCUCCACAAUUGAGACGGAUGCAGGUUGAGGAAAGCAAGCUUUCCGAUGUUGCGAGGACAUGGGCAUCCACUAAGUUUAUUGAGGUUAUUGUUUAAUCGGAGAACAUGCUGCAGAAGAGUAGCUGUUCAAGUUGAUAGAAGUUUCAAGCGAAACGGGUACAUAUCACUCCACUUGUUCUAGUAUGUUUGUAAAUUUAUGUUGCUUAUUUCAUGGAACACAAGGAGAGACUUCUAGCUCUGUGAAUAAUUAUGAAUAUGAUUGUAUAAUAUUAAAUAAUAUAUAUCACACUAGUGAACUUUGAGCU